AUGCUCAUGUCCUAUCUCUUAUCCGCAGCAUCAAGCCAUGCUAUUGCCGAUUCUAUAGAGACUGUGCAUACGUGGGAAGUUUUGUGCCGCAGAAGAAAUUCAAACGCCCAUAACCGCGUGGGUCGCUAUCUUGUCGUUCCACUGUCAGGUCUGCCCGCGAGGAUGGCUAAAUCCAAUCACCGUUCGAAAGUGCUCGCCAGUUACCAGGGCGUAUCCAGCGAUGAUCUGAAUCGAGAUCAUGAAGAGCUGGCGUACAUCGCCAACCAUACAUUCUUCCCACUCAAAGUCCCUCAGAGGUCAGACCAGUCUCGCGUAAACGAUCGCGCUAUGUGCUCGAUCGUCUGUCGGUUUGCCGAACAGUAUCGAGAAUGCGCAGAAGUUGACCGAACACUUUGGGAUCCGAUGAUCCGCAUGCUAGAGAACCUACGACGAAUUGAAACUUGUGAAGUUCUUCCUGCGGAGGACAUACAACACCAGAUAACAUGUAUGCACAUUGGAGAUAGUGUGGUGUUCUAUGUUCGCGCCCAGAAUGCCGCUGUUGUUGUUCGCAAGUUUGCCGAGGAGUUUGUGUUCGAGUCGUUCGAAGUCGCCCCCUCUACUGCAGACGUCAUGAAAGCAACGGGGAAAUUGUUGUGCUCUUAUCCAGGUCCCGCGAUUGCUGUACCCAACGACAUCGUGGAGGAUGUCCAUUUUCUCAAGGAGUUGUCCUCGUUUCUAGCUCAGAUGAGUGUAGAUGAAUUGGACUCCGCAGCGACGACGAGGAAAGCGGGAUCAACGGUUGUGGAAAAAAGGGAUUCUGCCUCUCCCAGGUACAUUACCCAGCUGCUCACCGGGAUACUUCGUGGCGUUGGUCGUCCUGCGGAUGUCGAUCGGGUCUCUAAGCGAAUCAAUGACGACAUCCUGUGGAAGGACGCAUAUUUGCCGUGGCGGAGGUCUCCGCUAUGGCUUGUCAUCCGGGUCGCGUUGCAGACGUCGCUCGGCAGGGCCAACGCCCUUUCAGAGUACAAGUUGUUUAUGGUCUUUUUCAUGUCACGUCUCCUGCGGCUGACGGUUCAGGAGGAGUUCGCUAGUGAUCAUCUGUACUGCUUCAGGGCGAAACUCAGCAGGCGACUCUAUAAGCUGGGUUCGUCCGCCCCUUUGUUCAUCACGCAAGAGGUGAAGGAGGCUGUGGACGAGACGGAAUCGCUCCUACAGCAGCGAUGGCAGAAGAUUCAGGAGCAGCAAGCUGUAUCCCCACCUUGGUCACCCUCCACGCUGGACGUGCAGUCCGACACACGUCUCACUCUUCAUCACUCUCGGGAUUAUAUCUCCAAGCGGCUGACGACCAAGAGUACCGCCAGCGCAGCAUGCAGUUUUGAGCCCAACCACACUCGUCGAUUGCGCGACACUCAUUGUUGCGACUUUCGCACGUUCGACGAGGGUGUUCUAUCGACUGCAUUUGCUGCGGAUGGCGAUAUUUAUGUGGCUUUAGCCGACUUCGAGAUGCUGGUACAGAAUCGCGUGGAUAAUUGGGUGGCAGAAUGCCUUCACGAUGAAUGGGCUUGCGUCAAGCUUGCUAAAUGCAUCGAGCGGUAUUCUGAGGCGGCUCCGAAGGCCUAUGACAGGAAUCCGGAGGAUCAGUCGAUUGCGCUAUUAACGAUAUUCGAACUCUGGGUUGCGCUGGAUAAACUUGCUGUCAAUCAAUGCCCGCUGCUACAGGACUAUUCCCCUGAGGUGCCUCACACGCUCUUUCAACCCCUACUCCUCCGAAAGCGUGUGCUGCUCGACCGUCUGUCUCGCAUCGAGGGUUACUUGGAUCGUCGGCGCAAGCGCGCUCGCGGUGGUUGGUCCGUGUUCAAUGACAAGAUGGACGCGAAUUCGCUCGCUGUUCGCUUUUUCUCUGAGUCGCCUGGACUACAGACGCUCAAGGAACGCAUUCAGUUGGAUGCAAAGGCAGAGCGGGCGAAGAAAUGUGCUGAACUGCAGCAAAGCAACAAUCAGCAUAGAGACCUCAUCGCACAAGCCGCUUUGCAUCCUCACGUCUACAUGGUUACCAGGAAGGGGAAACGGAUCCACGUCGGAGGACACAAAUGCGAGAACUGUUCGUUGACCAAUCAGGCAAAACGCAUGAAGAUAGUUCCUCAUGAGUGGCCUCUACCGGAAGAUGAGUAUGCAGCGCAGGCUACUGUUUUUGAGCUGGAGUGCCCGGUUUCGUUUGGUGCAUGGCGGGCGGCAACAUAUCAUAUUCUUCAUGAUGUUUGUCAGAACAAGACUCCUCAGCAUGCAUCGCCCCCGUUGAUUCUCAAGAAAUAUACCGCACUCAUGAAGUAUGUCAAAUUUGAACAAAGGUUUACACGAAUAUCGUUCGCUUCGACGACAAAAUCAUUUCUGCAGGCACAUUACAAGACAGUAUCAAUUCCUGCAACAAGUACUUCCGUUUGUGUCAAGAACGGCCUCACUUACCGACUUUAUGAUAGCCAAGGGGACGAGUGGGCUGCGAACUACCUUCAAAAUUCCAGCAAAGUUGUCCAGCAUUGUACCUUUUCACUUUCCGGUACAAGUCGAUAUCGAACCAUGCAGUACGCGAUUCAGGACACAAAGCAUUGUCCGAACGAAGUUUUGGCAUGUCAAUCGGAGUGUCCAGCGGACUUGGAUCUACAUGAAUACACUGCUUUUGGCCUACUGCGCAGCGGGGCACUACUACAAUGGUUGAAUAUUCUCAGAUCGAUUCAUGCUCGAGAACUAUCCUUCGACAGAGAGGAGGUCCACCUUCUAUUAGUUCAAGCCAUCUGGCAGGUCGGGCCUUGGUGCGAUGCUAUACGAACGUCGCAUGUAGAGCCGAGUGAUCGUGAUUUCGGUUUGCUCCUUCUCACCGAGCUGCGAGACCUAUUAUCUAGCAUCGAGGGCAAUUGGUCAAACGCCACGUCUGCGAAAUCAGUCAUCAUGCUAUCAUGUCGCCUCCUCCCUUCGACCAUGGACCAGGACGUUAGGGAGUCUGCCUAUGGCUUGUUGCGCGACGCACGGCGUAUAACCUUCCGAUGGUUGCAUGAGCUAUCAGAGAAUUUGUCCAAGGCCGUCCGCGAGGAUGAAAUUUUCAGUCUGCAGCUACGCAUCUGUGCCAUGGCCGCGAUAUGCCGGAGUACGUAUGAUGCGGAUCUUGAUGAUUUGGAGGCAUUGUUGGCUUCCGAAGAGGAUGUUUCUGUCCUCAUACAGUGUGCAGUCCACCUCCAUGAUAACAUUCCAACCGAGAAAGAUAUCCCGUCCGAUUUAUCUCUUCUACUGGCGCGAGAUCGGCGUCUUUCUCAUUUCUUGGAGCCGGCACUGAUUCGAAGAGUCUCCGGAGUGCUGGAUAAACCUGUCGCUACACUGUGGCAGGAAUUUCAAGAAGGACAAACUUGGGUACAGCUGCAGGAGCCCAACGAUCGUUGGAUGACCGUGGCUUAUGAUCAUACAACAGUCCAUAUCAACGUUCUCAAUGGAGAACUGUUAGUAGGUGGCAAGCCUGUGGGGCGUUUACCGGGCGCAAUAGUCACACAUCCCGACUAUACUCGAAUCUUCUCCAAGAAAAUAUUGGAUGUCAUUCCGUCCGACAUGCCAGGUAUGGCUUUCGCCACUCGAGCUGAUGUCUUCGGCUUCCAUGUGCACUUUGCCCUCGAUCCUCAGUGUGGCCAGUUGACCAUCAAAGCAAGAUCUGACUCAACCGUCUACGAGGUCAUCCCCCACAGCAAAUUUGUUGGAGAUUUACCCACACCUCUGAUCAUUGACUACGUGCAUUGGUUGAAGAUAGAUACAGAUCCGAAGCGUGCCGAAAUCGAGCUCCGGCCCUUGGGAGACUUGUGGACACCGUCGCUAGACAAUUGGCGCAUUCAGUUUUCGAUGAAUGGUCAUUCGACAAUGUGCCGGAAAGAUACAUGGCUAGUGGACAAUUGCAGCCCUUCAUUAGCCAUGGUCUCAGAGCGUCUGCGACCACUGGAAUGCGCCGAACAUCUAAUCAUCACGCUUUCCGCGGGUAAUUGCCUCUUGGUCGAUCUGCCGCGUUUCGAGUUGUCUUUUGUCGUGGAGGAUGGGGAGCUGAUGUCCAGAAAUUGGCGGGGUCUCAUUGUGGACUCCAAUCAGUCAUCGAAGACAAUGCUUGGACUGUCGUCGCAGCUCGUUCUGACUCAAAGAGCGAGCACCUCCUCCCUUCCUCCAGAACGCCAUGUGGUGAUUCCCAUUGGCGAUAUCAAGUUUUAUUCCUCUGGACAUCACGUGAAGGUCGAAGUAGAAACAGGAACGACGAGUCGAACACGCUAUCACAAGUACAGAAUUGACUCUAAUCUCGGAUAUCUAGUUGGCAAUGGUACUCUUCUCAGCAAGCUAUACCAAGUAUACCUCCAUGCUCUGACUAGUCACUGUCUUCCUGACCCUCUGACUGGACGGACGGGGAUAGAGGAAGCAUUAAGCGAGUUUCGGUCCGCUCGCUGUCUGUCAUUCCAGAAGCUUGGGCCCGACGAAGUGACACUUUUGACCCAGAUUGGUGCUCUGACCCCAGAGCGUCAAUUCUAUCCGGCACAUCUUCGCGUCAUGCAGACUGUUCAUUGGUCUGACCUCAGCCCCAUAUCUCAGCGCACCGACUUUUGGGAUUGCACUGUGUCGAUCUUGAAGCAUGCACAGGAUCUCGUGAACAUAUUCUAUCCGGAGAAGGACAUGACAUCGCUCCUGUUGGAUGCGUUGCAAAAGCAGACGAGUGACCGUCACUUGCAGAACAGGGCUGCUGCUCGCUCUAACACCAUAUAUGGGCACGAAUACUCGACCUGGGCCACAACAGAUGGAGAUGACCUUCCGUAUACGACAAGGGAUUUGCCGCAGGACUGUUGCAGUGAGCAAGAAGUUGCCGCUGUCUCUGCUCUGGUCCACAGUUGGCCCACGAGGUUGCCUACGAUAACUGAUCUACUCAAGGUCAUGGUAUCUUGGCAACAACCAGUAUCUGCAGCUGAAGACAUUGCCAUGUCUUACCGCAGGGAUUGGCUCUCACCAGUUCUGCCAGCUAUAUGGCUGUCAGUGUAUGAACAGUGCCGGACCUCAAGUGCGGGGAUACAAUCAAAAUUGCUCUUCAUUCUAAGUGCAAUGUCAUACAAGCUGAAUGCAUCUCAUCGAAUGCAACUGAUCGGGACCAUUUUGGCGUUUGCAACGACUCCGCAAUUUCGAUCUUUGCAACUUCCAACUAUGCGCUCAGGAUCGUAUAAUCUUGCAGACGGAUUUACUCCUAGGGAGGCUGAACUCCAUGCCCUCGCCAUCACAUUCACCGUUCCAUAUGAUCCGCUGACUUUCUUCCUCGCUCUUUCAAGAGGAGCGCUCGAGACAGAGGAUGAAUUUGCGGAACGCCGUCGUUCCCACCACGACAAAUUCUGUGCUUCCAAGGCACGUGAAUUGGUAGGCUGCUUGAUUCGCCAGUGGCCUUGUCAUACACCGUCUACACCUUCUGGGUAUUCAAAUGUCAUCAAUAUCACGAAACUCAUGUUCAGCGCCAACUUGAAGUUUCGAAGCUGGUAUCAGAACAGAGAACUACAGAAUCACUUGACACAGGUCCAGCAUGUGCUUCACCAGGUGCGAGAGCUAGAUGCUCACCCAAAGGUACCACGCUAUGUUGUUCAUCCUUCUUUACGCACAACAACUGCUCCGAAAUGCUUCAUUGAUGCUGCCGGUCUUUUUAAACGAAAAGCACCUGCUUUGGAUGUCCUUGAUCAUGAUGCAGAGGUGUAUCAGGGAGAGACAUUCUAUCGACUGUCGGCAGGUUCUUUCAGAACAGAGGAACUUGGGCUUCUAAUCCGAGAGUUUGAGCAUCAUCACAGCUCUACUUUCAAACAGCAUUAUGGUCAUCAUCUGGAAUGCAGUCGAGCGAUUCUCGAAGCUCAAGAGGGUUCUACCGUGCCGUAUUUUCCUCCAGACACGUUCAAAUACUUUCAACAUUAUCGAGAUCUCUGCCACCAGGCUUUCAAUCAGUCUACUGCCACCAUACAACGAUCCCUAGGUCCCCGCAAUCUCAUCGAGCAACUUUUUUGCACUUCGGGGCAAUGGCCACGGCUGUCCGAAAAGAGUCUGUUGCGAAAUUUGGCAUCAACCUCUCAAACGCGCAGGAUGCUGUCAAAGGAGUGGGAACAAUGCCUGGUAUCCUACGCCCGAACAUGCUUGCAGUUUCAGCGCUCGCAGCGAUUGAUAGAGUACCUUCAACAGAAACGGUAUGAAGAUCUUCUGAAAGAGCUCGACAAUCAAGAGUCUCGCAUCGAUCCGGAUGAUUCAAGCUCCCUGUUGAAUGCAGACUGGCUUCUUGUUCAGAUUGAAAACAAUUUCUUAAUGCGCCCACUUCAGCGACAUGUCGCUCGUGAGAUGAUUGCUCCAUCUUCCGGACGAAACACGGUCUUGCAGCUUAACAUGGGUGAAGGCAAGUCCGCAGUCAUCGCCCCUCUGGUCGCGACAGCACUAGCAGAUGGUCACAAGCUUACCAGAGUCGUCGUGCUGAAGUCUUUGGCUUCUCAGAUGUUCCAUCUACUGGUAGAUCGUCUGAGCGGCCUGGCAAAUCGCAGAAUAUUUUAUCUUCCAUUUUCCCGCGACGUACGAAUGGCGCCACAAGUCGUCGAGCGAAUUCGGAGUCUCUACGAAGAUUGUAUACGCGAGCGAGGAAUACUGGUUGCGCAACCCGAGCACAUACUUUCGUUCAAAUUGAUGGGUAUUGAUCACUCAGGAGACUCUGUGUCGCAGGAUGGGCAGGUCACAAAAGCUCUGCUCGAGUCGCAGCGUUGGUUGGACACGGUCGCCAGAGAUAUUCUCGAUGAAAGCGAUGAAAUGCUCAAUGUUGGAUACCAGUUGGUGUAUACUGCCGGUCAACAGAGGCCUGUGGAGGAUCACCCUGAUCGCUGGAAGACAACACAGCAUGUUCUGUCUCUCAUCAAGGAUCAUUCCUCUCAUGUUCAUAGGCGUUAUCCAGAUGAGAUGGAGUUCGUUCCGGGUCCUAGUGGAACAUAUCCGAUGAUUCGCAUCCUUCGAGAUCACGCAUGGGAAGAGCUAGCUAUCGGUGUUGCCAAACAUAUCGUGAACACUGAUCCCAUCCUCAGACACCUCCCUGAGAAUGUCCGUGAGGCCACGCUCAUGUUUAUUACAGAGAAUGCUAGCAGUGUACCUGGCUCCGGAGUCCGGUUGCUUGAACAGCACUGUAAAGGUGACGGGCUGUGGAAGAAGCUGUUGCUUUUGCGAGGCCUGCUCGGAUACGGACUGAUCGGAUAUGUGUUGAAGGAGAAGCGUUGGCGGGUCGACUACGGUUUGGAUCUAACGCGAACUCUGCUGGCCGUGCCAUACCGGGCAAAGGACGUUCCCUCUCUGAGAGCGGAUUUUGGACAUCCAGACGUCGCCAUCGUGCUCACUUGUCUCAGUUAUUACUACGGUGGCUUGACGAGCGAGCAGUUGAACACUUGCUUUGAACUGUUGUUCAGAUCUGACGAGCGUGAGGUGCUGUAUGAGUCAUGGGUCCGCUGCAAUGAAGCAGUACCGCCAUUCUUACAACAGCUCAUAGGCGUCAAUUACGAGGACUCGUACCAAUGGGAACACUUCCUCAUACCUUUGUUCAGGCAAUGCCAUGCCGUAAUCGACUUCUAUCUGGCUGAAGUGGUUUUCCCCAGAGAUGCAAAGGAAUUUCCUGAAAAAUUGUCUACCUCGGCUUGGGAUCUGGCCGAGACACGGACGCAUGUGACUACUGGCUUCAGCGGUACCAAUGACAAUCAGGACCUGCUCCCAUCCAGUAUCACCCAGCACGAUCCUGUUGAUCAGCUGAGUACCAAUGCUCGAGUUCUAGCCUACUUAUUGCAGCCGGAGAACAAGACGUACAUCUGUGUAGGCGGCGAGUCCGCGUCAAGUCGAAAUUACUUGGACCUGCUCGUCAAACAGGAUUCCGAAGUUCGCGUCCUCCUGGACGUCGGCGCACAGAUGCUUGACAUGGAGAACGCCGAACUGGCGAAGCAUUGGCUUUCCCUGACGCCCCACGUUGCGGCAGCUAUCUUCUUCGACGAGCAAGAUGAACUGAUGGUUCUCACUCGAUCCGGCACAAUAGAAGCAUUUGUAUCUUCGCCUUACAGCCAGCAGUUAGAUCAGUGUAACGUCUACUUGGAUGAUGCCCACACGCGAGGAACGGAUUUAAAGCUGCCACCUAAAGCACGGGCUGCGGUGACUCUAGGACCGAAAGUCACCAAGGAUCGUCUCCUACAAGGGUGCAUGCGCAUGCGCAAGUUGGGAAAUGGUCAAUCUGUUCUAUUCCUUGCUCCUCCGGAAGUGGAUCGUGCUAUACGGGAGUUAUCUGGCCCGAAAGAUGCUGUGGAGACGAUUGACAUCCUGCGAUGGGCGAUGGUGCAAACAUGCACGUAUAUCGAGCACCAUGUCUCUCACUGGGCACACCAAGGCAUUGGUUACAAGAAGCGCCGUGCAGCGUGGAACCAGUUCAAAGCCCACUCAUCCGCGUCUCCUUGUGGUUCGAUUCAGCUGGCGACUUCGCGAAUGCCUUCUCUUCGGUCUGCUUGGCUUUCUCCCGAAGCGCGACCACUGGAAGAGAUGUAUGGGUUUUCUGCAGGGAUUAGUAAUGCACUGUCGAUCAAUGAUGCCAUGUUCGACGACCCCGAACUGCGUGAUCGAUUUCAGUUGUUCGGCGUCACGUCGCUUCUCGAUCCCCGUAUGGAUGAGGAGCAAGAACGAGAGGUUAGCCAAGAACUCGAGCAGGAGCGAGAAGUUGAGCGGCCACUAGCGGCUAAACCUGCUACACACCUUGUGCACUCUGAUGUCAAGAAUUUCGUCCGUACUGGAACGGUCAGAUUGGGCCCAGCGUUCGUGCCAUUGUUCUCUCCCCUCAACAGUCUACCAGGGUAUCCGGGUCAACACGUUUGGUCUGACCGCAUACUGGCGACGAAGGAUUUUGCAACCACUGUUGUGAGGCAAAAAAAAUCGUUGCAUCAUCUUUCAGAUUGCAUGGCACCCGUGAAUUGGAUCGUUUCCAAUACUUCUCAGAGUCAUUUGGUGGUUUUCAGCGCGUUUGAAGUCAACAUACUCCUUCCCAUGAUUCGACAGAGCACAGUCGUGUGCUUACACAUGUAUUCGCCGAGAGUCACGCAAAGCAUGAAGCCACUUGACGCUCUAAACUUCUACUGCAUCCCCGCUCUGCGGAAGAGUUGGCAGCCUAAACCGAUGGACAUUUGCCAGCUGAAUCUUUGGGCUGGACAGCUCUACUUCACCAACCACGAGAUGUAUUUGCAACUUUGCGUAUACUUGGGUAUCUGCGCCGAAGAGCCACCAGAGGGUGCGAGAGUGCAAGUAGACGGAUUCAUCGAACCGCAAGAUCGCAUCGAGCCUAUGAAAUCUCUAUGUCCGUUCAGCAAGAGCCCCAUACCACUCGUGAAGGAACUCAUAGGAUUGCGGCGCAAAGGAAUGGGGUACAGGUCGACGCACAUGGGGAAGGUUCUGCGCUCCGGUUUCCUGACUAGCAAAUAUUUCUAG